UUCAUCUAUUUGUCUACAGAUGUCAUGUACUCUUGAAUUUGAUGGGGCUCCAGCAGGAAAAGCUAGUAAAGGUGGUGCUGGUGUAAUCCUUCGAACUGAAGAUGGAAGUGUGAUUUCUCGACUCCGUGAAGGCUUGGGUGCUGUGACCAAUGACACUGCUGACUACAGGGCAUUAAUUUUAGGCCUGAGGCAUGCUCUUAAAAAAGGAUUUAAGCAAAUUCAUGUUCUAGGUGACUCUCAGCUUGUCUGUAUGCAGGUGCAAGGUUUGUCUAAAGCCAAGAACAAGAAUCUUGUUGACUUGUGUGAGGAAGCCAAAGCACUCAAGGAGAUGUUUGUAUCAUUUAGUAUAAGCCACAUUAAAAAGGCAAUGAAUUCUGAUGCUGGUUCCCAGGCAGCUUUAGCUGUAGAUCUUCCAGUUGGUGAAGUCCAUGAGGAGUCUAGUGAGACUUGCUAAUCAUGAUGCUGAGGACAGUUGUUUCUUCGAGUGCUCCCUUCAGUGAAUGUAGAAAAACAUCACAGCUACACAUUCUUGCUUGAUAUGCUGUUCAUUAGUCACUCGAUUUUGUUUAUGUGCAAUAUUGUAGAGAUGCGUGAAUACUCACUUUUUUUUAUUGCUAGAUGAUAUGUCGUAGAAUGAGAAAAAGAAGUGAAACGUUCUACUUUCAACUGUUGAAGAUGAAGAUGGGACAAUUAUGCUGCUGCUGUGGCUGCCUUCGG